AGACACAGUGAAGUCUGACGUGUGAAAGCAAAACAAGAAUUAUAUCUCCCACCAGGUUGAAGAUGUCCUAGGAUUAGAGGCAAGAGAUCGCGCAGGAUGGCAGGGAACAUGAAGCAUGUUGUCAACAUGGCUAACUCCAUAGUAGGAGUGUCCAUCCUCUCCAUGCCUUACUGCUUCAAGGAGACAGGCUUGGUGUUGGGGAUUUUGUUGGUACUGCUGAGUGGACUUGUCACCAAGAAGACAUGUAUGUUUCUCAUCCGAUCGGCAAUCAUGGCGCGCAGAAGAAGUUAUGAAUUUCUUGCAUUCCAUGUAUUUGGAGUGAGUGGAAAGCUGUUUGUAGAGCUGUGCAUGAUUCUCUUUCUGAUCGGGAUCUGCAUAUCCUUCCAUGUUGUGAUGGGUGACUUGGCACCAGCAAUUAUUGCCCGAUUAAUGGAUAUUGAGAAUUCUCCAUCUCUGCGUUGCACUCUCCUCAUUGGUGUUACCGUACUGGUCGUGUUACCUUUGUGUUUACUGCGGAAUCUAGACAGUCUAGCGUCCAUGUCUGCCUGUUCAAUAGGAUUCUACUUCUUUCUUAUCCUGGUUAUCUUGUGGCAUGCCUUUCCCAAAUUAAUGGACGGGUCUUGGUACCACAUGGCUGAGCUGUUUCGACCGUCAGGGGCACUUCAAGUUCUUCCCAUCUGCAUGCUGGGUCUUUCCUGUCAGAGCAAUGUGUUUGAGAUAUACGACUCCAUACCUGACCCUGAUGUGCCCAAGAUGAGAUCAGUGGUGAACCAUGCUGUCAAUCUCUGCUGUGCUCUCUACAUAUCUGUUGGCUUUUUGGGAUACGUGGCAUUUGUUGAUCAAGACUUGGCGGGUAACCUCAUCCUGAGUUUCCCAAGUUCUCACCUGACAGAAGGUAUUAAAGUCUUCUUCACGGUCUCCCUGGCGAUAAGUUUUCCGCUGAUGAUCUUUCCCUGCCGGACCUCGAUCCACUCGCUCCUCUACCGUAGGAAUAAUCCAUCCAGUUUUGAUUUGGUCGGCAAUUACAUGCCGGAGUCACGCUUCAAGGGCAUCACUAUUGGUAUUCUGGCUUCCAGUCUGGUAGUUGGUAUCCUUAUCCCAAAUAUUGAGUUUGUGCUGGGGCUGCUGGGAUCAACGAUGGGCAUGUUGAUCGCACUCUUCCUCCCUUCACUGCUCUUCAUUAGAGUUCACUCCAAGGCUUCAGCAGAAAGACUUCUGGCACAGGGCAUCAUGCUAGUGGGAAUAGUGCUGAUAGUUACUGGGACAUACCUCACCUUAUCCCACAUCAAUCAGGUCCAGACUGAGCAGCAGGCUCAGGCCAUCCCAGACUUGGCGAAAAAUGCCAUUGAUCCAAACCUACGAAAUAUUGAAAAGAUAGAUGUUCAGCAGAAAUUGGAAAAUGUUAGAGAUGAGAAAAAUGAGGGAGAUACUUUACACCCAGAUGCCAUUAAAAAGGAAGAGAAAGUCAAUAAAGAAGAAGGUAAUGAAAAUAAAGUGGAAGUUGAUAAAAAACAGGCUGAAGUUACUGAAAAAAUUGAAGUACAAUACAAGGAACAGCAGAAAAUUCUGGCUUGA